UGUUGCUUCUCACAAAUGGCUUCUACACUCUUCUGCAGACCCAAAGCCCUUCGAACCAUCUCCUCCUCCGUCACGUUACGACGCCGUCUUCCCCUGGUGGGAGCAUUCUGCGUAGUCACCUUGGGCAUCUCCAACCUCCUUCCCACUCUCUCCUUCUCCGCCUUCAGAACCGGCACUGCUCUCUCUCUCCCUUUUGCCCCUCUCUUGAGAUCAAGGUUUGGCAGCCAAUCAGCAGCCGUUCAUUCUGUGAGGAUGGAAGGGAGUAGCAGUGCCACUGUUCCAAGUAUUGUUGUUUAUGUGACUGUGCCCAGCAGAGAAGUAGGAAAGAAGUUGGCUGAAAGCUUAGUCAGAGAACAACUUGCAGCCUGUGUUAACCUAGUGCCAGGCAUUGAGUCCGUCUAUCAGUGGAAAGGAGAGGUCCAGACAGAUUCUGAAGAACUUCUUAUAAUCAAGACAAGGCAAUCCCUUUUUGAAGCUCUGACAGCGCAUGUCAAGGCAAACCAUCCAUACGAUGUUCCGGAAGUUAUCGCCUUACCCAUCAACGCAGGCAGUCUCCCGUACUUAGAAUGGAUCAAAAACAGCACAAGGGACUGACUCAAAGCACGUUCGAGUGUUUGAAGUAGGCAAGCAGAUGUUUCUAUUGUGUUUGAUUAUGUGCAGGUAUGUGUGCAAGUAUCCCAAAUAAAACAAGCUGUAUAUCAGCUUCCUAGUGUUACGGUUGUAAUCGAGAAUUACUAUCGCCGCCGGGUUUGCUGUUGGUCAGUUUCUAAGAUAAUAUGUGGACUCUAUAGUUAAAUAACUUAAGUUUACUUCUA